GUCCGUACUCUCACUCAUCUUUGCCUCAAUUUAUAGAGUCCAGGCUCCAAACUCCCGUCAAGCUGAUGCAAAGACAAAGAUGGCCGCAAAUCCCAGCAAGGAGACCGCGACGAUAAUUAGCUUGAAGCUCCUCGUAGACAAAAGCUCAAACAAGGUGGUGUUUGCAGAGACCGGAAAGGAAUUCGUGGACUUCCUCUUCGGACUUCUACAGGUACCUCUCGGUUCCAUCAUCGCACUUCUUCGGGAUUAUUACUUGGCAGCUGGGCCAGGGUCCCUGGGCAGAGUCCAUGAGAGUAUCGAAAACCUUGACCCCUCCUAUCUUCUUCCAAACCAAACCAAGGGUUCUCUCUUGAACCCUAAACCAGCAUUCCAAUCUUCAACUCUUACCCCUCCAUUGCUGCAAAAUUUCUUUUCACCUAACCAAGAGAUCAUGGUUGUCUCCUUUGGCCGCGAUUCUAAAUAUCGGCGACGUCCUAGCCGCCGCGCCAAAGGAGUUCCAAAUAAUACUGAGAAAGGGUAUGUUAGAGGUGUGGUGACAUACCUGGUUAUGGAUAAUUUGACGGUGAAACCCAUGUCAACCAUUUCUAGCAUUACCCUUCUCAACACUUUAAACAUCAAAGACAUGGGUUCUGUCCAGGAGAAGAAGGUCAAGAUUGACAUCAACAAGGGCUUGGAGCUGAUUAAGGUUUCACUCUACUCAACCACUGUCCUGACAGACGUUUUCCUUGGGCACAGGAAGUAAUCUUUCAAGCCAAUCCGAAGAAACAUGACUAUUUAGUAUGGGUAUGCGUGUAAAAGUAUUUUGCAAGGGAAAUUCUUCAACCAUUUAUUUGGGAAGAAAAAGGAGAAUUUCUGGGCUGUAUAUGUAACUAGAUCUUGGUUUUAGUAAAUAUCAGGGCUAUAUAUUCCCUUUGAUU